AUGAACCUGGCAACGAUCUUGUUAGUUCUCAUAGGAUUAGUCAAUGGUCAAUUAAACUUCGAGGGUAAUCCGUUGACGGAAAAUACCGAGUACACGGCCGUGGAAUCACGACUCUUCGAAAAAACUGCAAGACAAAAAAUGGCAGAGAACAUGACGGAUAUUUUGACAGAAUCUUCUCAAAACUUUCAUCCUUCGUCAUUGAUCCCAAAUGUUAAUAACUCGAAUCAAUCGACAAAUCCGAUAAAAUCCGAUGAUCAUGCAAUCAUCCAAAGAGAUUUAUAUAAUUUGUCGUAUCCAUCGAAACAAGAGAAGAUCGUUCAAACGGGUCGACAUUUGUCUACGAAUACCUACAAUCAAGGAAUCACCUCCAAGGCUCAAGUAGCGUUGAACACUUUUCUAAACUCCAAGACCCCAGAAGAAUCACGGCUCUCUUUAGAUCAUUAUUUACAAAGCAAGGAAAAUCUCAAGAACGUCGAACCAAUGGCUAAUAAACAACAAUUAGCGCAACAAUCAGUAAUGCAGGUUAAUCAGCAACCCAUAUCAUCCUCCUCGGUGAAUCAACAUUUGACUGCACAACUUAUGCAACAAAGACAGACGUUGCAAGCUUUUCCAGUUAAUCAACCGAUCUACAAUUCGCCUGUGAACCCGAUAGAUAUUCAUUCGACUGUAUCAAAUCCAGUAUCUAUACCUUUAAUGCAACAACAGCAAUCGCACGCGCCUGGAAUUCAAGCGAGGAACGAUGUCUUUUAUCCUGGAUGGUAUCAACGUGUCAGAAGAGUGCAUGGAAAACCGUUUCCUUAUGCACAAUCUAGAAUUGGAUCGGGGAUAUAUGUCGGUCCUGCCCCUCCAGCAGUACCGUUCAAGCAGAAAGGCUCACCUAUCGAAGUGAUCUACACGAAGCCACCAGGAUUUCAUCGUGGUCCACCGAUUAUCAGCAAUCCUUCUAUCCCAUAUGAAGACGCUAACGCUUGGUUCCCCGAAGUUGAUCGUCCGCCGUCAAAUAAAGAUAUCUAUUAUUCUCAACUAUACGCCCAAUCGUACGAUCCUUAUUAUUACAAUUAUAUCGCUAAAACGGGAAAGAUAAAACCUCAUUUGUAUGGAAAAUUGGGUAAGUAUCACGAAGAGGAAGAGGAUGGUAUUUGGUCAGAAUUGUACCAAGGAUUCAAGAAACACGGUUUAAAAAACAUUAUGACACCAACGUUCCUCUUGGGAAUGACUCUUCCCGUGGUCACUCUAAUGCUCACUGCGCUUGUGCAGAAGAGGUCUUUCGCUAGGUCGGAUUCGAGAAAAUUCUCGACACGAGAGGACACGAUUCAGGAUUAUCUGGAACAAGUUCAAAGAGCUGUAGAAUGUUAUGAAAAAAAGAGAAAGAAGAGGGACACGAAUGUAGAUGAGUGUUAGAGUUAUAAUUACCUUUAAUUCCGUCUUUAAUUUAUUAAAUAUGAAUGGAUGAUCAAAGAAAUGGAGAGGAUGUCUUGUACAUAUUUUAUGUAAUAUAAAAAUAAUAAUGAGGGAAACAUUCGCAGGAUUAAUAAGAAUAGAGAUUGUUUUCUCUUUGAAAUAAUUCUUUGUGUUGCAAUCAAUGAUAUAUAUCGUGUGAUUAAUUGCGUUAAAUCGUGGUAGGCUACUACGAGAUAUCAAAUGGGAGAAGGUGACAGUGAAACGUUUUCCGUGAUGAGAGUGGACGAUGCGAGAAACCAACUUUCGCGGGUCAAUUAUAUCUGUGACCCUGUUCGCAUUUACGUGCUUGUGGGUGUGCAACUUGUAUAUCCAGAUAGCGAAUUACUUUUACUUUUCCAUAAUAAAUUGUUCGAUCAAGUAAAUUUUCUAGUAACGAUUAAAUUAUAAAUACAUGUAUAAAUAGAGAACGAGAUUGGGAAAUAUAAAAGUAUUAAAAUUA